AUGAAGCCUUGGGCUAUUCUUCUACUUGCGCUAUGGUGCUGUCCCUGUCUUGGUCAGGACUACACCUGUAGCGCCGACAAGCCAUGUGAACUUGGCUGCUGUUCGAACACAGGAGUCUGUGGAAUGGGACCUGACUUUUGCGGAGAGAGUUGUAUAUCCAACUGUGAUAGCAAGUCGGACUGCAACCCAGGUUGGGGCAUGAAGUGGUCCGCGGCAGACAAAUGUCCCCUCAACGUGUGCUGUUCUGAAUAUGGCUUCUGUGGAACCACCAAAGACUUUUGCGGCAACAAAACCAUCGAGCCUCCCAGCUGCUCUGGAUCUAGUGCUUCUAAGCGUACAAUUGGAUACUAUGAGAGCUGGGGCAUUACGCGCAAAUGUGACAAAAUGUACCCAGAAUCUAUUCCUCUUGGAUCAUACACACAUCUGAAUUUUGCCUUUGCCUUCAUUGACCCCACUUCAUUCAAAGUGGCCCCGAUGGAUAGCGGGGAUGUUGCAUUAUAUAAAAGAUUCACUGGGCUCAAGAAUCUCUAUCCUGACCUCCAGACUUGGAUAUCUAUUGGAGGCUGGAGCAUGAACGACCCCGAUCAACCCACUGCUACCACUUUUUCAGACCUGGCUGCAUCAGAGUCGGCACAGAAGAAGUUCUUUGAAUCCUUGCUUUCCUUCUUAGAGACAUACGGGUUUGAUGGCGUCGAUCUUGAUUGGGAAUAUCCAGUAGCUGAAGAGCGCUCAGGCAAAGCCGCUGACUACAAAAAUUACACUUCUUUCUUGAAGAAUCUUCGUAAUGCCCUCGCAUCAAGCGGGCAUACAUACGGGCUCACCAUCACCAUCCCAUCUUCUUACUGGUAUAUGCAACACUUUGACAUUGUCGAGAUCGAAAAGACAAUUGACUGGUUCAAUAUUAUGUCCUAUGACCUGCACGGUACUUGGGACAACACCAACAAAUAUCUGGGCCCUUAUAUCAAUGCGCAUACCAACUUGACCGAAAUCAACUUGGCAUUGGAGCUCCUUUGGCGCAACAAGAUUAACCCUGACCAUGUCGUUCUCGGUCUGGGCUUUUAUGGCCGGUCCUUCACUCUCACCGAUCCCAGUUGCAAUACCCCCGGGUGUAUUUUCACAUCAGGGGGCAACGCAGGGUCUUGCACGGACUCUGUCGGGACACUCUCGUACUCAGAGAUCAAGCGUGUGAUAGAUAAAGAUAACGGCAAGGUGACCUUAGACAAGGAGGCCGCCGUCAAGAUGGUCACUUGGGGCGAGAACCAGUGGGUCAGCUAUGAUGACGAGGAAACUCUGAAGCUGAAGCUGGACUAUGCCAAUAACCACUGUCUUGGCGGUACCAUGGUAUGGGCCGUAUCGACAGAUGAUUCCGAGGGCACAGCUUCGGCGGCACUAUCGAAGUUGACGGGCCGCAGCACCAUCGCAUUAUCAGCCAAAUCACUUGCUUCUACCACUGACCAAGUUCAAUCUUGCCAGUUGGGCGAGUGCGGCGAACCUUGUCCGACUGGGCUUAGCGCUGUCCAGCGGAGCGAUGGCAAGAACAGAGGAAACACGGGUACCAACACUGGAUGCUCGAACGGCAAAUCCCGUCUUUACUGCUGUCCAGCUGACAAUAUGCCCACUUGCCAGUGGCGUGGCGGGGCUCCAUUUUGCAAUGGCAAAUGUCACAAGGGAGAGGUCGAAGUGUCAAGCAGCAUCAGUGGGACAGGAAAGAGUUGUUGGACUGGGCACAAAGUGCUUUGCUGUACGCAGACUGCGGCCAACAAAGCAGUUGCUGAGUGUGGCUGGUCAGGAAGUGCGCCUUUCUGUGCUGGAAUUCAUAGCAAUGCAGGCUGCCCGUCAGGACGGGAGCGACUAACUUAUUCCAAUUACGGUGCUGGUGGAGAGGAGCCUUGUAUUGUCGGUUACAAGUCAUUCUGCUGUGAUCAGCCCCCUCCAUACGAGAACUGCGACUGGUACUAUCAUGGUGGAAAAUUCUGGGGUUCUGUUCCCUUCCAGUGCUCUGGAACGUGCCCUGCUGGCAAAGCUUCCAUCGCGACUGAUCCUUCUGGGUGCAUGUCAGGAUAUGGAUCAUUCUGUUGCGAUUCGCCAGCUACGAGUAAUGAUCCCCUCGUUACGGCUUUUAAAACUCAGCUACAGAAGUACUCCAAAGAUCCCGUCUGCGACAAAGGCCAGCGCCAGUAUUCAAAGCGGGACACCAUCGAAAUAGGUUUGCAAAAGCGUCAUAGUUUGAACAAGGCAGACUGGACUAGUCUGCUAAUUCAUUUGACCGCCAUCGCGAAGGGCAACAGCCCGACUUAUCAGAUGACGUUGAUGGAGAGCGAAUAUAAUUCUAGUGAUCCAUUGGUGACCCUGGACGAGAUUGAUCAGUUCCAGGCUGAGUGGCCUAAUGCUGAGCCUAUUGCACGGACCGAAAGCCUUCUGUGCUUGGGAACGCAUGGGAGAAAUGAGGUCGCGGACUCUCUGGAUGCUGGGUCCCAGCUUUGCGUGUUGGCUUGCGCUGCUGCAGGCCUUGAUAAACGUUCCAAUGCUACAAUUCUGUUGUCGGCGGCGAAGAGUGUAUCUGCUAGAAACAUUGCGGAAUCCGAGGAGCUUUAUAGUUCCUCGGAAGGAUUUGGACAACCAAGCUGGGGUUAUAUAAUGCAGGGAAUUAUGGACGGUACAUUAACCCUAGAGUAUGAGAUGUUGGUCCGUACUAGAGGAGAGGAGUAUAUUUUGGAAAUUGUAUGGCGGCUGCCUGAUGGCCCGGGAUAUCGAGAGACUAACAGCGAUGAAUACGCGGUGUUUCAUUUCCACUUCGACCAUAUCAUGGAUCGCGACGGUGUACUCCGGGCAGGAAUAUACGCCAUAGUGGCCUUCCACGGCCAGCAGUAUGUUGAGCAAAACAGGUAUCCUCGUGUGGAUGGCAACGACAAUCAAGGUGACAAUCGACGAGCUCACGUGUUGAAUUGCAAUACGGGCAACCGGGUGACUCCCAACACUCGUUACUUCUAUCCAGGGGGUGGACGGGAGUCCGACUAUGAUAAUGAGCAUCACCGGAUGAUUUGGCGUUUUGCAAACUAUCUGCACCAGGAGGACUUGGUAACGGAGCAAACCUUCACGGGAGCUCAACGGGGUCAGUUGACGAGAUAUCGCGAUGAGGAGGAUCCAUGCUCGACGCGAUGGUACUUUAGAUGGGGACGCUAUCGGCAGAGUCGACCCUUCACCCCUAAUUAUAUUUUGGGUGAAGCUGCUGAGGACGACAUAAUGGAUGAUAAUGACGAUGUGUAG